AUGGCUUGUCCAUAUGCACGAUUUAUCGAACGUGAUGAUGAAACGUCAUCGGCAACAGCGAAAUUAACAUUGAAUGGUUCUGUUAACAACGAUGCACUGGCAGAAAUUCUUUCCCUUACUGGUUAUGGUCAAACAAGUUCUGUCAAGCCGGAACUCAAACGUUUACCUUCCAGUGAUGAACUGGUUACUUAUGGCAACUAUCUUCAAUUGAACCGAUUACUAGAUUCUCAAGUCUUGUUAAGCGCUAAACAUGAUCAGAAUAAACAUCCUGUUCAUGAUGAACACUUAUUCAUUAUUAUUCAUCAAACUUUUGAACUUUGGUUUAAACAAAUUCUUUGGGAAAUCGAUUCUUUACGAGCGAUAUUCGGAAAUAAAUCGAUCGAUGAAAGUCAUAUGUUUGUAUCGAUCAAUCGUCUUCAACGCUGUGUUCAAAUUUGGCGUUUGUUAUGUGAUCAAAUCAUUAUUCUCGAAACGAUGACACCAUUAGAUUUCAUGGAGUUUCGUUCCUACUUAUCGCCUGCAAGCGGUUUUCAAAGUUUGCAAUUUCGUUUAGUAGAGAACAAACUAGGUCUCACAGAAAAAUCGCGUGUGUUAUAUAAUCAAACGUCGUACAAAAAUGCUUUUCCAAGUCUACAUGAACAAACAGAGUUGACGAGUUCGUUGGAAGAACCAACGUUAUUAAUGUUGAUUGAACGAUGGCUUGAACGAACACCAGGUUUAGAAGAUUCAAGUUUUAAUUUCUGGGAACGAUAUAAACGAGCUGUCGCGCAAUAUAUCGAAUACCUUCAAUCAAAUGCCCAAGACGAACCUAAUCCAACAGCACGUGAAGCUGCUUUAGAAGAUGUUAAAAAGACCGCUGAUUCGUUUCGAUCGUUAAUUGAUGAGAAAUUUCAUCAACAAUUAGUGGCGAGAUCCGAACGUCGUAUGAGUCAUCGAGCUCUUCAGGGUGCAUUGAUGAUAAUGCUCUAUCGAGAACAACCACGUUUUCAAGGUCCGUAUCAAAUCCUAUCACUAUUAAUGGAUGUCGAUGCAUUGAUUACAAAAUGGAGAUAUAAUCAUUUAAUUUUGGUUCAACGACAGAUCGGAAAUAAACAAGGUACAGGUGGAUCUGCUGGUUACAGUUAUCUUCGUUCGACUUGCAGCGAUCGUUACAAAGUCUUCAUCGAUUUAUUCAAUCUCGCUUCGUUUCUUAUUCCACGAGAAUUUCUUCCGAAAUUAACAACUGAAAUGAAAAUGCGUUUGGCUGUCGCAAAUGUCCAGCCAUCAUCAGAAGAUAAUGCAAAAGAAGACGGUGAAGAACUUCAUCGAACAUCAGGAAAAUCUGCAAAUGAAAGUGGAUUAAUCGAUAAAGAUGCAUUUCAUCCCGUCAAUGAUUGA